ACAGGUCAAAACUUUUAUGUUGUUGCAGCGUACUACCCUCCUGGAAAUAUGGAUGGAGGAUAUGAAGAUAAUGUGCAAAGAGCACGCAAACUACCUACAUCGUGUAUAAGAAAAUUUGGAAAUGACGAACAUUUUGAUCUGCUAAAGAACAAAUUAAAGAAGUACAAUAUAAGAGAGUUGCUUUUUGAGGAGAGUGACGAACCUUGUGUUAUUCCCACAAGAAAUCAUACCAAAGUAUCCACACAUACAAACAAGGGUGAAAAGGGAGUGUCAGGAGGCUUUCUCGUAGGUUCAACGGGUACAACAGAGAAAAAUAAAAACUCAAAUGGCAAAGAAACCAAAACAACAAAUCCAAACGAAAAUAUUAUUCUGGUCGAUACAGUAAGUGAGCCUGAUGUGCCAUCAAUUCAAAAUCCUGAAGUCGUUCUUGGUCAACCAAAUCAAUCACCUCCGGCAAACCCAAAUCUUGUGUUCCUACCACAUGGUCUAUUUCCUCCACAAAGAGAAAAAAUUCAACCUACUGAAGCUGCUAAACCUGCGAUGGAAGUCAAUUCUCACCCUCUGGCAUCCCUAAACAGUAGUUCUGUCAACUCAUUUACGUCUUUAAAUGGUACUUCCAUCAACUCAACAUCAUCGCAUUUGUCCAAAAUGACUCAAAUAUCUUCUGCUGUAUUUCCUCAGCAUUGAAAUACGGAGGGCGUGACAUUAGGCUAAGUACUGGCGUGACGUAGAUUAGUAUUCGAGAUU